CUGCAUUUGACAGAGUGGGUGUUCUGGUAGGCGUGGGCGUGUACCCAAGCCUCUCCAAAAACCUUUUACCUUUGAUUUGGGCUUUUAGACGGAGAAGUGACUUGGAAGAGCAUCGUUGCUUACUUUUUGCUCCACAGAGCCCCUAUUCCCCUUCCCAAAGCACACUUUGUUGUGUGACUGCAGAGCAAACCGCCGCUUCCUCUCACUGCAAAGUGCAUGUUCCCAGGUAGCCUAUGAUUUAUGCCAUGAGGCGAAUAGGCCUAUGAAAGGAACCGCGCGACAAACUGAUCCGUUAUUUGACAUCUGGACCGCAUGAGAUGAGCUGCACAUGGACAUCUACACUGACGUUGAUGGAUUUUCACUCGGUGCUGGUGGGAGAUUAACUUGACAAGUGCGCUGCAUCCACAUCGGGCUAUGAUUAAUUUUGGGAAUAUCUGACAUGGCAAGGAUACUAUCCAUCCUCACGAAAAUCAUGCUUCUUAAAAUUCUUGCAUUAAUUCUCUUCAAAGGUGUCUUGACGUCCGACGACUCGGUCACAUCCGAGGUCAACCCCGGGAGUCUUCCAGUCUCCAGCAGGGCGUCUGGCUCCGGGAGAGCCAUGGGUAUACAGCUGUCUGAGGCAACGGAGGCUAAGUCCAGACCUAAACGCUGUACCUGUUAUUCUUACAAGGAUAAAGAGUGCGUGUACUACUGCCACUUGGAUAUCAUCUGGAUCAACACUCCCGAACGCACUGUGCCCUAUGGAAUGUCGAGCUACAGAGGACCUAAGCGAAUCAGACGUGCUGUCAGUGGACAAGCAAAUGAACGCGAGGGGGCAAAGACUCAGCGCUGCAUUUGUGCCAUACUUGACGCAGACCCUGAGUGCCAUGAUUUUUGCCUGUCAUGGUCAGUGUGACAUUCAUUGGAUCCUUCUUAGUCCUAUUAGCCCCCUGCAGACAGUGCCAAUCAGGAGUCUCCACAGAGUCCCUGGUCCUGGAUGACAGUUUGGAAUGGACCCUUCCCUACUCUUCGCUCCCUCCAUUCUCCAUUUGAUGCUCUUACCUCCACAGGCACACUCACAUUAAAGGAAAAAAAACUUUGGAGUUUGAAACAGACAUUCCUCAGAUUCAAGACUAUUGGAGCAAGUUCCAUCAUGCAGAGUCAUUUCAAGAACUCUUCAUCAAAUUCAAUACAGAUACCUGGAGGCUAUUGCCCUUUUGUUCCCUCCUGAGAGCAGCAUGCGGGUUACUUCCACCAUG